GUACACAAUUUGCGGGCAAUUCAAGGACGCCACUUCGACUUGCUCUCCUCUGUACACUAUUCCUAUGCAGGGAGUCAGCUCGUGGAAUAUAUCACACUUGCACGCAUAAUUAUCAUUCGUUCUACACAUGCGCUUAUCAGACACAUCGUAGUAGUAGCGUGGGAAGAAUACGGGAUGAGGAAGAUGCUUUUUUGCAGGCAAUACUCGAACAUCUAACCCGUGGAAACAUUGUAAAGAUGCUAUUAUUACAUUUGUAAAUUCGCUCAUGUUAGUAUCAACCUACAGCAAAAUGGAAAGGACAUUGAGUUCAUCUUUUAGUAAAGUGGAAUGUACUUUGCCGAGGUGAAAAUAUAAAACGUCGAGUUGCUUUUCGCCAAGAAGCUUGGAUGGUGGAUGCCUUAUUGAGCAUCUCUUUUAUCUUCUAUACAGGCCUGUGUUUUUUAGCGUUUCAUAUCAAAGCAGUAACAAUGUCAAUGUCGCCACAUUGGAUAGCUGGGUUUAUUUUUGCCAGUUUAAUACUUCAGGUUGUCUGUGUAUCUGGGGAAGCGGUUUGUCCUAAGUUUUGUUCGUGUUCCCAAAUCCCUGAGAAUGGUGAACGAUCUACAGGUCCGACAUCGUCCAUGUCAGUAGUUGAAUGUAUAAUACCGAACACGAUCUCUUCACUAAAUGCAUUCUCAACGCUUUCACUUUAUCCAAGGCUUAGUAUAUCCAGACUAAUCAUCCGGGAUCAACCUUCGCUAAGUUCUAUCGGCCAAUCUGAUCUGACUGGUUUCAAUGAACUCACACACUUAGAAAUCACCAACACCAAUCUCAGUUCUAUCCACGUACAUAGCUUUGAAGGAUUAAAACUGAAAACAUUAGAUUUGAGAAGAAAUCGAUUGAAGUCGAUCACGUGGGAGCCGUUUAUGUACCUGUAUAGCCUUGAAGAAUUAUUCCUUGCCAACAACCCUCUUGUGUGUAGUAACUGUCAGAAUAACUGGCUUCGAGAGCCCCACCAGGAUCUAGAACUAGGUGAAAAUCUCACUUGUGUCGACAAUGGUACACAGAUCUUCAUGCAAACUUUCGUUGUGGAUAACUGUAGAGUUCCAUCUGUGAAUGUGACGCCAAGGCACCUUGAAAUAAAGAAUGGCGACUCGUUCAACGCGAGCUGUGAGGUGGAUGGAGAACCUCACCCUAGCUUGAGAUGGGAUGUAAGUCGAUUGAUGUCUCCUUAUCAACUUGUUAAUAUCAGCGAGAGACAACAGAUUAUCAUGGUCCAGAAUGCAUCAUAUAAGGAUACCGGACUCCUGGAGUGUAUUGUUAGUAGUGUGGCGGGAUGGAAUGCCGCUGAGGUCAACCUCACAGUCAAGGUUGCACCAAAGAUCAACCGAUUCUGGGGACCGAUCAAGAGAUUCCACUACUGCAUUGAUCUAAACGUGACGGCCCUACCAACCCCUAAUGUCACCAUCUACCAUAACGGUACCAAGGAACUCCACUAUGAUAGCAGACUAUCAAACGUCACCAUCAACUCACACCCAACAAUGAGAAGAUACGAGGUCACCAACAAGGCUAGGACUCCAUGGGAGAUAUUUGGUUGCCUGACGUUUCUCCUUCCAUCGCACUACGAUAACGGCAACUACACGCUGGUCGUUUCUAACGAACUUGGCUCGGAUAGGAAAAACAUCAGUGCCAUAUUCUUUGAUGGAAGUGAAGCUCCUUACCCUGAGAAACGUGAGACACCUGCUCCCGAUGGCAGUGACAACACUCUCAAACCAAAAACAUCUGGACCUAAAGGACCACCUCUCGACCCUUCUACCAGGCAACCACAUAAAAUGGACUCGGUUCCUGUUUACAUCUUGGCAGCAGUUGGAGCAGGUAUACUUCUGAUUGUCUUGGUGCUGAUUGGUCGGAAGUACUAUACGAAGAAACGCGAAAGAUUCCGAAACCUUGGCGAUGGCAGUGCGACCCCGUUUACAUCAGUCGCAUGUGUUCUGGAUGCGAAGAGAGGGGAAGACCGAGUUGAUUUGGUCCACAUGAUUCCUAAUCCUAACUACCUGGCUCGAACUGAUCGUAGAUCUGGUAGUACUGCAAUCAAUCACAUUUCUCGUGAUACCAUCCGAUUCAUUGGCGAGCUUGGUGAAGGAGCAUUCGGUGUGGUGUGUCUGGGACAGUGUGAAGAACUUCCUGGAGCAGAAGGUCCUACCAUGGUAGCCAUCAAGACACUCAAAGACGCCUCAGUUGGGGACGCUAGGACGGACUUUGAGAGAGAAGCAGAAUUACUCACUAAUCUACAGCAUAAGAACAUUGUAACGUUCUAUGGAGUCUGUAUCGACCACGAACCUUUCUUCAUGGUCUUUGAAUAUAUGGAGAAUGGAGAUCUUAACAACUAUCUGAAAUCUCGCGGCCCUGAUGCUGAUUGUUUCACCCGUAGCCAAGCCUUACUUCCCUUGACUGUAAAAGAACUCCUCUACAUUGCAAAACAAAUAGCAUCUGGUAUGGUUUAUAUGGCUUCUCAACACUUCGUCCAUCGAGACAUGGCCACCAGGAAUUGCUUGGUUGGGGAUCGACUCAUUGUGAAGAUAGCAGACUUUGGAAUGUCAAGAGAUGUUUAUAGCACAGACUACUACAGGGUUGGAGGCCAUACCAUGCUACCUGUCCGCUGGAUGCCCCCUGAAAGCAUUAUCUACAGAACGUACUCAGUGGAGAGUGACGUAUGGAGCUAUGGUGUUGUCCUUUGGGAGAUCUUUGAGUAUGGAAAGCAGCCUUGGUUUGGACUAUCUAAUCAUGAGGUAAUUGAGUACAUUCAUAAUGGAAUAUUACUGGACUGCCCGAAAGGAUGCCCCAAGGAGGUCUAUAAGAUCAUGUUAGGAUGUUGGCAGCGACAACCCACACAGCGCAUGCUCAUCAAAGAUGUGCACGACGCCAUCUCUCGGCUAUCCGAUGAGAACACUCCCAUGGUUGACAUUGUUGGGAGGAACACUUUGGUGUAGAGAAUGCUUUCAAAUCCGGACUUUACCAAAAAGGACCUCGUUCAAAGGAAUGAUUGGAAGUUGUUUGCUCUUCUAUAAAUCAGUACAGUUUAAAGCCGGAUAUGACACGCUUCAUAAUGGACUAUGAUAUAUUUAUCUACUAACUUGCCAUGCACAGGAGAAGGGGAAUACGGGCGCACUUUGUUGAAAUUGUUAUGUUUGUAUAGAUACCAAAAUGAAGUAAUGUAUUUGUAAUGAUAUGUAUAAUGCAGUCAUAUGUAAGAGGCAACCUGUCACAAUUUUAUUUACUUAAUUUGUUUUAAUGCUGAUGAAAAUGAAUGUCUUGAUUCUUUGAAAACGUGCGUUUGCCAAAUAAAUUGUUAUAUUUUUGGAGAAUGCUAUGAAAAUUGCUCUACUACUAUGGUUUUUUUUUAAGAUGUAAGCUAGUAGAAAUUUAUAUUUGGCGGAAUUUCGCGCUUGGCUCUCGUAUUAUGUCAUUUUCUUGACAUUCCAUCUGGUGAGAAUUCAUGUUUUUAUUUGUUCUUAUUAUCAACAUCUGGGCCCCGUACACCCCGUAACACAAAGGUUAGUGAUUAAUCAGUCAAUGAAAUGGCCUAUCAAGAUCAUCGUUGCAUGUGCAUUUUGCUCAGUAGACUGACAAUGAACCUAUCAAAAUUAUUCUUUCAUAUUAGCGAUUAAUCGUUAAUCUUGAUGUCACGAGGCCCUGGAGGGCUGUCCCACAAAGAGAUGUGGUCAUAGCAAGUUCUAUAAUUGGGGCUUCUGAUUGGCUAGAAAUCGAUUUGUUCUUGAUUCGUAUUAUUUCGCUUUGAUUGCAAAUUCUUUCUGCAACGGUUCCAUUACAUUUGCUGCGUUGACAAUUGCUCUGAUAGAAAAUCGGCACGUUAGCCAAGCAUAAAACAUUAUCUCAAAAACUAAAUAAAAACUAAUCCUUAAUUAUCUUUGCAUUAUUCUAAACCAAAAACUAUAUUGCAAUCCUAACUCUAAGCCUAGGCCCUCUGAGAUUGUAAGACAGGAGCAAAAGUCGUGUCACCUCUGGAAAGCGCCCCCGCCUCCUCAGCCAAUUUAAACACCAUUUAGUUUGUAAAACCUUUCGUUGUAGAUCGAUAGCGUUUCAAUUGACUUAUCAUGAAGUAAAUUACAAUUUACAGGAUAAUUUCAAUAUCUACUUCGCGAGUAUAAUGGGGUCGCUUGGUGAUUAAGGCAAUUUUUCGGAUCGUGAGCCUUUCCGAUGAGAGCCUCGACUUUAUUUCUUCAUCUAGCAUCGUAGGCCUUUACAGACAUGAGCACAUCGUCUGUUUUGUUUAUAUCAGUGAAAAUGGGUAUAGUAUUUCGUAGAGUAUUGGUAUAGUUUUCUUGUGUAGGAAGUGUGAGAAUCGUCAAUCGGGUGUACAGUGUUAAAACUGAUUAACAACUACAAUUUUGAUAGUUAAAGGUUGAAAUGAUGCGGGUUAGUGCGAUGAGAGAUAUAUAGGCCUACAGGGUGGUUGAAAAUUAAUGAUAUAUCUGGAUAUAUAUCAAGAUACAACUCUUUGUGAAUAUUUUAUAUACUUAUAUAAAGAUGGACUCGAAAUUGAAUUUUAAUGUGAGCGUGAUUAUUAUAUGUCUAUUAUUGCUGGACUGAUUGGAGCUAGUGUAUUAUCAUGUCUAUUAUAAGACUCUGUGACUGAUUUCAGUAAUCUGGUUACAAAAUAAAGUCACGAUCAGAGUAGGGAAACUACUUAUUUUUUUUAUAUUGUAAUGUUCAGAGGUUGUGAAAGAUAUACACUUGUUUUUCGAAAGGUAUGUUAUUUCGAAACACGCGGAUUGCAUAACCAUAUAGACCCUAGUGGGGUUCAGUAUACCGAAGAUAAAAAAAGGGAUUCUUCAUUUUCAACGUUUGUGAUGUUAAUCCAGGAUGAAGCCAGGUUUGUUAGUACAAAAAUAAUUCAUGAAUCCAUUUUCCGAGUACAACCUUUGGACUUUUUUUUCCAAACGAUCGGUCUGAAUACCGAAUCUUUGAGCUAUUCGAACCUUCGGAAUUACGAAAUUUCUCAAUUUUAAGUUGUAACCGUGAGCGGAGAUGUCAUGGACAUUAUUGAGAUGUCCAUUGCCCGGCCCUGAACAGACUUUUAAGAUUUUGUUCUAAUUGGAUAACAACAUUUGCAGUUCUGUCACAUAAUUUUACCUCAGUGAUACAUUAAUGAGGCGGAAUCGUGACUGAUUCCAGGUCAUACUGAGAAAGGUCACGUUCUGUACAUCAUUGUUACUUUCCAACCCCUCUCUCUCUCUGUCUGCCUUUGUCUCUUUCUUUUGCUAUUUCUGUCCCCCUCCCUCUUUCUGUCUCCUUGUCUCGUAGUAAGCUCGUUGUGGUAGAGUUGUGGAGCACUCUCUCGAGAAGUCCUAUAAAAAGAAUGGGACAGAGAAACGCGAAUCCAGUGAGGGGGUAUACCAAUUCCUGGAGUAUGGCGAAAAAAGACAGCUGUAAUAAAAUAUUUCAAAAUAAUUUUACCAAGUCAGUCCAGUCAGUGAUCCAACAUGACGUCAAUCAAUGCGAAUGCCGAGAUUCAUUUAAGGGCCAAGGGGAAUUGCAAUGAAUUUAUUCAAAAUUUCUGAUGAGGCAUAAUUAUUACACUCUUUAAAAUAUUGGGCAACAUACUGUCUACACAACAAUUGGUCAAAACUUAACCCUCACUCUCCCGGGGUAUUUUGAUUCUUGUCAUUCCCGGGGGGGGGGGGGCAUUAUGGCCCCCCCCCAAGAUCUCGGCCGCCGAUCGAGCGAGCGACGCAAAAAUUUGCACGCUGGUAGUUUGCGAUGUAAUCUACAAGGCUGUAUGGUAAAAUUUUCCAAAAUAAUGAGAUUUUAUUUUAUAUGAAUUAAUUAUGCUAAUUUAUGCAUAAAUCAUACUUUUUGCUCUAAUUCACUAAAUAAAGCUCCUAGAAUGCUAAUUUUUGGUAAAAAUAUUCUUUGUAGCAUUCUUAACAAUCGCAAUGAAAAAAACUUCGGUUUGGAAAUCAAUUUCUUGUGUAUUUUAUUGUUUUAUGAAUUUCUUAUGUAUUUCUUUGUUUUUUUUACUUUUUGUCUUUUAUUGUUUUUUCAAUGGAAAUCGUUCCAGACUUAAUUCUGACCAUAAACAAGGCAAAAUUAAUUAAGUUUAAUCAGUAAAAGUAGAAAUAAUGAUACAUUUAUGAAUUUUGGCUAAAUACACAAUUUGCAUUGGAUUUGUACAUGAAAUCACGUUUAUGAGCAAUUUCGGGUCUGACAUGCACUUACAUAAUGUUGCGUAAUGUCGUAACCGUGUACCCGGGUGUCACAAAUUUGGUCUCAAAAUUUGCGCGAGACUUGAAAGUAAAAAGUCGGUAAG